AAACCUUCAAAACAAGUAGCAGGGACGCAUACUCGCAAGCAGAUUUAAAACGCAGCUGUGCCUUUGCGUUAAUAGAUGGCAGCAGGUUAACGCGGGUCCAACAAAGUGCGAGAGAGUGGGCUAUCUAUACUUGUCUUUAUCUAUGGUAAAAGUGACAUCAACAGUGAACACAAAAAGUUAAUCGGAUGUAAAAAAAUUAAUGAUUAGAAUUUUCAAUUGUCUGUUAUACAGACAAAACAAUGUUCUUUCAGUUCUAUUGCAGCCACUUGUAUUUAACGGUAUAUUCAGUUCAAGUCAGCAGCCACCAAAUUUGUAAUUUGACUUUCGUUAAUUAAUAUACAAUGUUUAUUUUACACUUUUUAAACAUUUUUUCUUCCGCACAUGCAGUGCAACCUGCCUUCCCCGCUAUAACCUCACUUCGCCACGUUUUGAUUCACUUAAGCCUUCCUACGUUUGUUCUUUUUUUACAGUUUUAAACCGCUCAACCUCCUAAUUCUAUUUUCCGUUAACAGUGCUCCUUAUGAGGACAGUCAUUCAAGCAUGCCCUAUCCGGACUCUCCUUUUGACGCGACUUUUAACCCAGACAUCAUUACCAGUUUAAAACAGUAUAGUGAGUCGUGUAGUGAAGUGAAUUUAAGUGAAACUUUGAAGUGGCUUUGUACCACCCCAAAAGUAACCUCCUACCGGGUAAACACAUUGAAGACGGACAGGAAGAUUGUUAAAGAGCUAAUCCAGGAACAGUUGAAUGCAGAGGCUGGUGCCUAUGGAUUCCGAGCUGAAUACUCUGACUUCCUGCCCAAUGUUAUAGUUAUAAAUCACAUCGAUGUAAACCAUGGAAAACUCCAUAAACUUCCAAGCGAGGUCAUGGUCGAUGUGGAUUGUGCAGCUGCAGUCCUUAGAGGAGCCCACAUUUACGCUCCUGGAGUGCUGUCAAUGAUCUCAGGAACUUUAAUAGGCGAUAAAGUGAGCAUUUAUGCAGAUUUGAACCGAAAGUGCAAAAAGGGCCUACUGAAGAUUUUUCCGGAUAACGGAAAAGUUUUCCUGGGAAAUGGAGUGGUGAAAAUGACCAGAUCCAUGCUGUUUGGAGACAAUCUAGCUCCUGAAGGAGUGGCUGUUGGAGUCACUGAAACCAUAUCCGGCUGUCCGUCAAUAGGUGACGCAUUUCUACCUUCAGGUUUUGCAAUGCUACAAAAUGUACCUUCAAUCAUGUGCGUCAAUGCACUUGAUCCGCAGAAGAACGAUCUGGUCCUGGACAUGUGCGCCUCGCCGGGCAAUAAAACCACUCACAUCGCCGCCCUUAUGGAAAAUCAGGGAACUCUAAUCGCCAUUGAUAAAACUGCAGGCAAAGUUGCGCAACUGAGAAAAACAUGCCAAAUAUUUGCUGCCAAACUGCGAAUAUUUCAAGCCGAUUCCUCAAAAAUCGUCGUCGAAGACCCUGGGCAAACUGCAGCUAAUGUAGACCAAGGACCUCCAUUUCUGCCGGAAACUUUCGACAAAAUCCUCUUGGAUGCUCCUUGUAGUGUGUUAGGAAAACGACCGCAAUUUCACAACAGAGUAACUGAAAAAGUUUUAAAGUCUUAUGUGCCUUUGCAAAGGAAAUUGUUCACUUCUGCAGUCAGCUUGCUGAAGCCCAAAGGCCGUUUAGUGUAUAGCACAUGCACCAUCACUUUAGCUGAAAACGAAGGAAUUGUAGAAUGGGCCCUGAGAACUUUCAAGUGUUUGUGUUUGGUGAACAUUGCCCAACAUUUUGGAAGCCCUGGCUGGCCUGGAACCACUUUAACUGAAGCCCAAAGAGCCAAAGUGCAAAGAUUUGGGCCCAAUCUCGAUCCGGACACUGUAGGCUUUUUUAUAGCGUGUUUUGAAAAAAACUGAUGCAUAUUAAAAAUAAGAGUUUUUGUUUUGCUUUCGCCCACAUUGUGAGGAACUCGAUGGUAUCAGGAACAGUGAGGAAAUUGCUUUAGGUGCUAGUGAGGCACGUGUAAGCCCAUAGCUGUUUGUUGCAGCACGUUUACCUCAUCAUUUAACAAAAAACUGUAUCGAUUUCACUUUGUUUUAUCUUAAUUGGUUUUUAUCGGUUGCUGUUUAUAGAAGGGCACGCAUUUAGGUUGAUAAGAGAGAUAAUCAUGAUUGCGGUUACUAAAGUUGUAAGUUGGUGUUAGUCCAAGAGUUUCAGGAAGAAAAACGUUGCAAGAAGUUGAUGUAGCUGAUUUAAUUUAAAACAUGUGAAAAAAUAAAGAAUUCUAAUGGG